GGAAGGAGUCAGCGGUCACCUCCCGGCUCUGGGAAAUGCAGGGAGGUGAUGGCAGUGACUUCCCCUCCCUGGAGGACGCUGCCAGGAAAGGAAGAAUGGCGAUUUACAUACCACAGCCGGCUAAUCCACCCCUAGCCUCUGAGUCACAGCCUGCCGGCUUGAGACAUCCCGGGAAAUCCCUGCUUGGAAGAGAGGAAACGUUAAAAUCGCAGUUGCUGGGCUUGUAACCAUUCCGUGCAGCUUGCGUCCUGGCACGCUGUUCCCUUGUAAGGAAGAGACGCUGUCCCUGUUUUCCACGCACUGCGGGCUUUUUGAAACUUUGUAUGCUUGGCCUCCCUUGAAACGACAUCUCAAGAGCCAUUUUCUUUCUUCUUUUCCUUCUGUUCUCCAAGACACCAGGACAGACAGCCCCCCCGGCACACCCUGAGCAGGGCACGCGGAGAAUGAGCACUGUGGAAGGCGCCACGGAGCCCGCGGAGUGUGCUGACCCAUCCAGAGGAAAGAGCUCGACAAAUCCUCUUGAACGAAAGAUAAGGUGCCUGGAAAAACAGAGAAAAGAGAAAACCCUCAAUACUUAGACAUUCUUACCAGAUUCCGGUUGGAUUAAACAAAGAUAAAAAUUCACGAAACUAAGCCACGCUAACGGUGCUAAUAACACGGUCGGUGGACUGGCCAAGACACGCCGACGGCGACAGCGUUUCGAGAACACCGCCUUCCCCCGGGUUUCCAAAACCUCAGCAACCUCACACGGACUUCCUGCUGGCCAGACGUCCACACGGGCAGACCCUUUGCUGACUCACCACGUGUUCACGGUUGCAGCUCCUGGAGGUGAACCGGCAGUGGGACCAGCAGUUCCGAAGCAUGAAGGAGCUGUACGCCGGGAAGCUUGCAGAGCUGCAGACGAAGCUGGAGGCCACAGAGCGAUUCCUCAGCAGCCUGGAGAAGGGACGGCCAGCGAGCCCCAGGGCCAGCGCUGGGCCCGCGGACCUGGCCCAGGAGCCGCAGCAGAGAGAGGAGAAGGAAAAGCAGAGCCAGAGCGAAGAAUUACUCGCGUUGAAGAAAGAAAACAAGCUGUUGAAGGAGAACAAUGCUGCCAUGAGCAGGAGGCGGGAACAUUAUGAAUGUGAAAUAAAACGUCUUAACAAGGCUCUUCAGGAGGCCCUGAAGGUCGAGUGCUCUCCGCUUCCCGAGGCCCGUCUGGGGGGGCCUGAGGCGGGGUGCGGGCACGAGGACAUGAGGACAGAGAUGGAGGUGCUCAAACAGCAGGUGCAGAUCUAUGAGGAAGACUUCAGAAGGGAGAGGUCGGACCGAGAGAGACUCAACCAGGAGAAAGAGCAGCUGCAGCAAAUGCACCGGACGUCGCAAUCCCAGCUGAACCAGCUGAAGUCCGAGGUAAAAGCAUGCCGGCUGGAGCAAGAAAGGCUGGAACGGCAGUUGGAACAGAUGCGCAUCCCGGCCUGUCGCUGCAGCCUGGGUCUCCACCUGCCGGACGCGGGCGCCCCCGCCGGCCCCGGGGCUGUGCCGGACCUGCCGAGGCUCCUGCCAGACCGCCAGCGGGGUGCUCCGGGCCGGCUGCCCCCAGACGCGCAGCACGCAGCACACGGUUUCUCCUCAGAAAAGAAAGGUGACCAGUAGCCCGAGGAGCGUGGACGCAGGGAGAGCCGGGCAGGGUGUCGCUGCCUGUGACAGUGGCUCGCGUCCGCCAGCUGCCCCGUCACCUGCCCCGCCGCCGUGUGACGCCUGGGCCCGGGCAGAGGAAAAGGCUCUGACGGCUGAGAUCCCGUGGGGUCUGCGAGGCCAGGUGGCACGGCCCACACACCGCCGUGCCCGCGGCACAGACUGGCAGGCGGAUGGUGCGCCACUCCCUGAGACCCCAGCACAUGCCAUGGGGAGCACGGGGCGGCUCCGUGAUCCCGGCAACCCCCCGCUGGUGCGAGGUUGUAUUUGACGGGAACACACGUUCCCCGGGGAAAGUGUCCGCUGGUACAGGUCGGCUCUGAGGGUUUUUCGGGGGCCCAGCCUGCAGGCCGUUCAGCCGGCCCUCACUCCGGCCCUCACUCCUGGCCUCAGAGACCCAAAGGCAGGACCGAGGAGGUGUAGAUCCUUGUGGGAACCACGUGAGUGCUUCGACCUGAAUAAAAUGAUAAGCUUGCCACUUU